GUUCAAGCAGCGGCGGAUCAAACUGGGAUUUACCCAAGCGGACGUGGGGCUGGCGCUGGGCACCCUGUACGGCAACGUGUUCUCGCAGACCACCAUCUGCAGGUUUGAGGCCCUGCAGCUGAGCUUCAAGAACAUGUGCAAGCUGAAGCCUUUGUUGAACAAGUGGUUGGAGGAGGCGGACUCGUCCUCGGGCAGCCCCACGAGCAUAGACAAGAUCGCAGCGCAGGGGCGCAAGCGGAAAAAGCGGACCUCCAUCGAGGUGAGCGUCAAGGGGGCUCUGGAGAGUCAUUUCCUCAAAUGCCCCAAGCCCUCGGCCCAGGAGAUCACCUCCCUCGCGGACAGCUUACAGCUGGAGAAGGAGGUGGUGAGAGUUUGGUUUUGUAACAGGAGACAGAAAGAGAAAAGGAUGACCCCUCCCGGAGGGACUCUGCCAGGCGCCGAGGAUGUGUACGGGGGGAGUAGGGACACGCCACCACACCACGGGGUGCAGACGCCCGUCCAGUGAACUCGAGCGGGGGGAGGGGCAGAGCGCGGGCUCCCCUCCCCUUCGGUCCCCGGCCCCUUCCCGGGCCCCCUUGUUCCUUCUCUAACUUCUGAUUGUUCUUUUAUUUUUUAAUUAUUAUUUCCCCGUCCCUGAAAAAGAAAAAAAAAAAAAAAAAAUAAGGCAAGAGGAAAGCAACUGAGACACUGGACUCUCCUUUGAGCGGUAGCAGGUGUAACGACGUGUUUUGACCUUUGCAGGCGAGUACCCAGGCAAUGGAGUGGAGUGUCUCCUAGAGAGAGUGAGGAGAGAGUGUGUGGUAGAUACAGAGCGAGAGCGAGAGAGAUGGCAAGCACUGAGAUAAAUACCUGGCAAAACUAGAUACAUGACCAAAAAGGAAGAGAGACAAAAAUCCACCAAACCGUGAUAAACACAAAACGCAGCUUCCUGAUGCUUGGCGUUGGCACCUGCUGCUGUGUUUAUUUAAUGUGGAUCCCCAUCAGGAAAGAAGAAAAAUACACACGCUCUUUGAUACAGGCAAAAUUUAACCACAUAAAUUUGCACUGCAAGAAAAUUGAAGUUUACAUGAACAAAUUCACGACCAUGUUUUCUCUUUCUCCCCACCGUUCAUUUUGGAACUGCGGCUUCUGGUUUUGUUUUGCUGUGCUCUGUUCAUCCGAGAGAGUUGAAGCCAGCUCUUGGCCACUCUCCAUUUCUAAUGUUCUUGUGUUGGCCCCUGUUCCCACUGUUUCUGAACUUUGGUUACCUUCAGACCUCCCCCCCCCCCUUACCUUGGUAUAACAUUUAUUUGUUCCUCUCACCAAAGCAAAAAAAAAAAACGAUUGGCUUCAUGCAAAAUAAAUAAUUCUCUGCUUUCAGGAAAUGCGCAUGGUCUGGCCGCUUUAUCCAAGGCAACAGCCCAGUUUGGGAUAUAAAAAUGAGAGUCAAACGUUGGUUUUUGUUACCAGCCAUAAAGUAAACUUCAUUUUCGGGCAGUGUUUCUGGGGGAGGCAAUGGAGGGGAGAAAAAGAAAAAUCGAUAGUGAGUGACUGAUUGCUUCAUUUUAUCAGGCGGGCCUAUUGUGAAAGAGCUCAGAGGAAAUGUGGAAGUUAAAUAUAUUUCCAGAGUUAUCCAACAGAAAGUGGCACUUUGAAGAGAACUAGGGAAAUAUGUAUCUUCAGAUAUCCCUAUAUAGUUCUCUGCCUUCAGUUUUAGUAACUUGAUUAUGAAGUAUUAUUUGUGCUGACAGCAGCGGUUAAACUUUGUUCCUCUAAUACCUUUUUAUGAACAUAAAAAUAAUAACCCAGGAACUGAAUGGUGUAUGCAUAGACUGUGUUUCUUAGCACACAAAUACCCACAUGCAUACCUAGAUGAUCUCCACUCCUUAGACUGGUUUUGUCUUCACUAGCUCAUCUGUUUAUCAAGUCAUAUUUAGGGUCCUAACCUCUUUUCCCAUAAUUAUUACAGAAAAUACCAGUUUGACUUGGACAGCUUCCAUCUCCCUUUCACUAAGGAAGGCAAAUGAAGUGAAACAAAAAAUGCCAUUUUCAAUCCUUCCUUCUCCCCUUUGUUAAUAGUUUUAAGUGCAUUUUUGACCUUAUCUUGAUGGAAAACGGUUAACUCUAAACACAAAAGACUCUACUGGAAAGUAUAGAUGAAAAAACUUGUCACUGUAUUGAAAAUAAAUAUCAUUAAACUGUGAUCAGUUAAAAUUUAAAAGAAAAAUCAGCACAAAAGGGCGCUAAAAGGGAAAACACUUUUUAAAUUAAUCUUAAACGUUUGGCUUUUUUUUUCUGGUUAGGUAUUAGAUACAUUUUUAUUUUUAAAAAAAAUAAAUUCUCACUACCAUAAAAUUAUGGCUCAGCAUCAGAUUAGCACUGCACUCAGUAGUCUUUAAGGUUUUAGGAAAUAUGCUUUAUAUUGUCUUUUCAAACACCUGUGAUUGUUUCAUUUCCAAUGUUUUUUGCAAGAUAAAUGGUGACUUAUAAUGGGCAUAUUUAUUUGCCUGUAUUUCAUUUCCCCCAAUGAAUGUCACAAGGAGAUGGGCGCGGAGCUGCUCCGGGGUGCAUCACACUGCUUGUUCCUGAGGUUUGGGGACCGGCCUCUUGUGAAGCAAUCCAGAGCAGGGCAAAUAGCCACUGGGAAAGGGAGGAAAUGCAUUUUCAGAUACUUAUUACCAAGUAGGUAAGGUCAGACGCUGGUGUUCAGGGGAUGUGUCUGUAGCUCCUCUGACUCUUAUAGGUUUACUAAGAUGAAAGUUACCACUGAACCUUACCACAAUGUAUAUAUGUUUAAUAUCUGUCUUUUGAAAUGCAGAAAUAGUUUAAAUGUUUCUUUGUCUAUUUUUCUUUUUUUUUUUUUUAAUGCUACCCAGGGAAAUAUUUUCAUAUCAUUUUUAAGUGGCCUGCCUCAAUGUAUAUUUAUUUCUUUUGAAGCAAAAAGGUUCUGGAAACUGUUUUUCUGUAGCUUUAAAUGAGUAGGUGAGCAAAAUCUAUAUGGGAUGUAAUUUUUUUUGUUCAGUCUCUUUAAAAAUACUUUGUUUUGGUACAUUUGGUUGUGCUUGUGGGGAAAAUAAAAACGCAGAGAUCCUUAUAUAUUUAUGUUAAAGUAAUAUUUUAUUAUCUACAUAAAACAGAAAUGCACAAUACCUUCAUAGUUUGUUCUAAUUAUUGAAAUAUCUUUAUUUUAUUUUUAAAGAUAGUGCCAAGUUUUAAGAGGGAAAAAACCCUAGACCUUAAACUGACUGAGUUGAGCUGUGUGUAAAUCACUUCCCUUCCUUUAUACUUCAUAAAGUUUUGGAAUAAAUUUUAUGCAUAUAC